UCAUAGCGAAAAUGGAGAAGCCAAAGCGUCAGAAGUGGCUUGACGUCUAUGACGAAGAGAGCGGCACCUACAUACCACAACUCAUACAAGAUGAGAAGUCCCCCGUCUUGAAGUCAACGAGCCAGGCCUUAGGCAAAUCAAUUAAUGAAGACAUCACAAAGGAGCUGGAGAGUGAAGAGACCACCAAGGAACCAACGAAUGAACAGACAAUUGAAGAGGCCAAUGAAGAGGCCACCAAUGAAGAGGCCACCAAUGAAGAGACCAAUGAGCAGACUGACGAGCAGACAAUCGAUCAUGGCUCGUCUCCCAUCUCAGGAUCAACUAGAGGAAACGUGGAUUCAAACGCCACGUCUAUCAAAAAUCCUAGUGAAGGCUCAGCAAGUAUCCAUGAAGAAAAGAAUUCAUCCCAUAUAAGCAAUGCAUGGGAAAGAACUUCUGAAGAGGAGGAGCCAAGUCAUCCACGAGAUGUCCCAGAUCCUGUGACCUCGACCAUUCAUGAGCAGGACGAACCAUGUUCACAAGAUCAAACCAAAGGUUGUGCUCCCCAAGGCCCCAUGUUGGCAGAUCUAGUCAAAGAUUUAUCUCCCCGUGUCUCCUUGCUAGCAGCCCUGGUACGCGAUAGCCGUGCUACAGAAUCUACCCAGCAGGCCACGAUGCCCGACCACACCAGCGUUAAUCCCGUUAGUCCUAGUCCGCUUGAUUUCCAGGAGGGAGGCGCUGAGCAGGGAUUCAGAUCCCUUGCUCUGAAGGGGAACGAGAACGAGGACUGGGACGCAACUUGGUGCGACCGCGCUGCUUAUGAGCCUUAUUAUGGUGGUGAUUUUGACGACGAAUUCAAUUCUAUCGAUGGACACCACACAAAGAUAUCUGAACAUCUUGCAGGAAACAUCAAGGAUUGGGUCCAGACAACUCAUGAGGUUACCAACGACAUUACCACCGACCUCCAUCCCCAGGGUAUCAAGGAGCCCGAGUCAUGGGGCGUUAACCCUGAAACUGGCACAUUAAUGAAUCCAAUUGAGCACCCUGUUGAACUGAAAUUGGAGGAAAGAAUUAAAGGGGUUGACCAGAAUACCGAGGAUAACAUUAUCCGGAUGCGCCGUGAUGCACACAAGCGAGCUCAGCGCCAGGCUGCCAUGAAGAUCCUAGAAGCUGAGAUAGAGAAUGACCAAUUGAAGGCAAAGGGGCUCCCUGGAUAUCCUUUCUAUUCAGUACAGAAGACCGUCAUUCCACAGGAGACGGCCAGCCAACAGGAGAUGACAAGUCAACCAGACAAGGCAAGCCAAGAGGACACACUAGACCAACAGGAGGCAGUAGGUCAACAGGAGGAGGCGAGCCCACAGGAAACUGUGAAUCCGCGAGAAAUCAGAGCACCGAUCCAUCUCCGACCAACGGUGCCAGAAGACUUGCCGCAAAUCGCGGAAAUCUACAACAGGGAAUUUAUGGUAAUCCCUGAUAAACAUCCAGUCAAGGCCACUGAGUUCCUCAGUCUCUACGGCAAUGCCCUCAAGUAUAACUUGCCUUUCAUCGUUGCCGUGAAUGGUUGGUACAAUCCUAAGAAGGGUGAUGGUCAGAUAGUUGGGUUCGCUUUGAUGGAUACAGCUAUCAAAGGAAUCACAGGCUCGCACCAGACACGUGCUGAAGGGGCCGGCAAGUUGAUUGUCAUCGUGCACCAGGACUACCGACGUCUUAACAUCUGUUCAGCAAUGCUUGAUGCCAUCUUGUACUGCUGUUCAAUCAAUUACAAGCCCCGCUUAGGUUAUCAGGUUGUUAACCCCAGCAAUGAUCAUAGAUUUAUGAAGCCAGAACACAACCCUGGGCAGUGGAACAACGUUGACAUCGAAGCCAUUGUUGAGAGCAGAUAUGACCAGCCGCACGCCGAGGCUGAGCUGGAAUACAAGUGGAUCUCCGAUUAUCUCAAGAAGUAUUUCCAGAUGAGCCUUGUAUCCCACGACGUCGCUCUGUACAAGUUGGGUAAUACCUGGCGCGACAGGAUUACCUUCCGACACCGAUGCCGCCCGUUAGACUCCGAUUCUUAAAUGCCGGGUUGCAACACGAUGAAGUUUGGAAGAGUCGAUUUGGGGAUGAUGGACUACACGUAACUCAUGAAGUUUGAUGGCGCGCCAGCCAGCCAACAAGUCCCGUUGACUUCACCAAUUUUCCAUUGCUUUGCGCUACCGUCAACAGUCACGAACAUCAAUUGUGGACGUUCUACCCUCCACUUCCGAGAUCACGCAAAU